AUGCGCCGCUCGAUGUCUUUGUUUGGGGUCUGGGGGGUUCUGCGCGAGGAGUUAAAUAAGAUCCCUGCCAUGCUGCAUUUCCAUGCAAAUGAGUCUGUCGAUGCCGCAAAAAGAGCCGGUCAUUCGCUGAAGAAUGUCUACUUGGAUGAAAACCCGGAACUAGCAGAGAAGCGCAAAAAACAUCGUGAGUCAUAUGAGGAGAUACUACGACAACAGCAGCAACGGGCAAAAGAAGCGUCUGAGGAGUCACUGCGGGGGCUCAGCUUCAUGGAACGUAUCAAGAAACGUGUAGUUUCCGUCAACAAGGCAUUAAAAGAGGCUACUUCUACAAAUGCCGGAGCUAUGGCGCUGCUGCAGCAUUGCACUGCGUCGCACGCGGCGGAGGUUGCGGUGGAAGAAGGUAUUGAUGUAAAAAAUGUAACCUUGCAACUCGAGAAGAAGAAGACUGGCACGCAGGUUGGAUAUGAGACUGUGGUAGUGGGUUACAUUGACGCCCCAAAGGCGUCGGAAGCGGAGGUGAUGGCGUUUGCUGAGAAGCUGCAGAAACGGUGCCCGGUAGCCAACUCUAUGAAAGGAAGAAUAGAAUGGCGUAGUGUGUCCUCCACCACGCCUAAAGCUGACGGUGGAAAUAAGGAUGAGGGCACCGCAGACGCGAUUCCAAUGGGAACUCCAGGAUUUAGGCGCUACGUCUCAUCGACUGCGAAAGGAGUUGGCGGAGGUCUACAAGAUCCUGAUGAGCUGCAUCUUCCUGGUAGCAAGCCGUGCAGUGACGAGAAACGUGACAAGUAA